ACAUUGCUGUCAAAUUCGAUCAAGGAUCUAACUAAUGUCAAAUUUGUCAAACUUAAAAACUCGAGUGAUUUUGUGACGAUGGAAUUCCGAUGUGAAAAACAAUAAAAAUGUUCAACAAAGUGAUCCAACGCGCCUUAAAGUUUAGAUUAAAGAAGAGUUAUCCCACGAAUAUUUAUGAUUUAUCUCGUGGUUCGGCCAUAGCGGUGCGCAGGCCGUAUAGUGAUGAAGUGCGUCGCGCGCAGGCGCAGAGCGUCGCGGCGCCGGGGCCGACGAUUUUCGACAAAAUAAUUUCGAAAGAGAUCAAAGCUGAUAUUAUUUACGAAGAUGAGCAGUGUUUGGCGUUCAACGACGUGUCCCCGCAGGCGCCCGUGCACUUCCUAGUGAUACCAAAGCGAAGAAUUCCAAGGUUGCAAGAUGCGGAACCUAAUGAUAUGGAGCUACUUGGCCAUCUAAUGUUGGUCGCAAGGUCGCUGGGAGCGGCCCGGGCCCCCUCGGGCUGGCGUCUGGUGGUUAACAACGGUCGGGACGGCGCCCAGUCGGUGUACCAUCUACAUUUGCACGUGUUGGGAGGCCGUCAGAUGGGAUGGCCGCCGGGAUAGGAUGGGGAAGGAACUAUUGUAAAGUAUUAGCUGGGGAUAGGACUUUGUUUUACACGACGGUAAUGGAUGAAUUUGGUUUUCCUAAAUUUAUUUAAAAGCAACGUAGUACUGUAAAGCCGGCCAUGUAAAUUUUGCUAAAGUCGCGUAAGUCUAACUUACGGUAAAUAUAAAAAUCUAAAACAGCUUCGUAAGUCGCUUACAGUAUUUUUACAUGUUUUAGGGAAGUGACUUACCUACGUCAUUUUGAUGCACACAUCUUAAAUUGUAAGGUCUUCUAAGGUCGCUGCGUCCUUAAAUAAUAUGAAUACCUACGUAAGGAGGUAGAUAUACGUCUAUAUUGUUUGUCUAUGACGAGCGUUUUUGACGUAGUGUUUAACAAGUAAAUUCCUAGCUUAAAAACACAAUUUUUCUUUCAAUGACGCAGAUGAGACUUUUGUAAAAUAUUUCUUGAAAAAAAAAAAACUAAAAUCAGAAUUCAGAACUCCUUUUUGUCGGUUAAAAAGAGUCAAUAGAGCAAUGUUAAUAGUUAUGUUCUAAAACUUGUCAUUGAAAGAAAAAAAAUGUAUCAUUGAAAUUCUUUUGCAAAAUUGCUUGCUUUAAAUCAUGUUGUCUUUGUCAAUCGUUUGAAAUAUAAAGAGACAGUAAAGAAAAAUAAUUAAUUUAUCCAAAAUUGUAAAGAGUAAGCAAUUUUGCAAAAAUGAGUCUAAAAUAUGUAGUCUUUAGUAAUUUAUCAAUGCGAAUGAAUAGUUUUGUAGUAAAUCAAAGUAAGUCCAAA